GAUGUACCCAAUUCAUUGCACAACGUCGACGACAACGAGGACGACGACCAUAUCCACCCCACUAUGAGCUCUCAGAGCAUGAACCGGCGCCGUCAUUCCCAUGAAUCGGAGAAUGGGUUCAAGCCGUCUAAAAAGCCGAACCACGGAAGGGGCGCGUCGAGCUCGACCAUGGGCUCGAAAGCUUCUCCUGAGCGAAAAGGCAAAGCCUCAAACCAGCCGUUACGCCGAGGCGACGCUUGUCUCAUGUGCAGAGCUAAGAAAUUGAAAUGUUCGGCGACGAAACCAGUCUGUGACCAAUGUGCCAAACGCAAAGAUCGCUGCGUCUACGAUGCGAUCAGACCGGCUUCACGUGUGGAAAAGCUGGAAAAGAAAUUGGCAGAAAUGGAAGAAGCAGAACUCAAAGCGGCUAUUGCUUCUCGCCGACACUCGGCCGCGGAUGCACUUCCAUCUGGACAGGCUUCAGGGUCUCUCAACUGGAGCAAUGGAGCCACAUCGUCAGAGAACGCACCAUCGAACCUCGGGGCCUACAGUGAUUAUGCCAGGUUAUUUCCGUCGUUCAGCGGACCUGCCAAUUCUGUCACGUCCUCAUCGACUGAUGCGGGGACGUCACCGUACGGUGGAAUGCCUAGAAGUAUACCGAGUGGUGAACGAACAGCGGCAAACAUGAUGGACAGUCUUGGCAAUUGGAACUGGCCCUCCGGUUCGAGAUCCGGAGGUAAUUCGACUCAACCGCCCAACGGUGAUCAGCCGUAUGGCUCAAACGCACCGACUUUGGAAGGCAUGCCUUGGUCAUUGCUAUCUUCCUCAAACGAUGUGUCGACGGUAUGGUCCAUGGACAUGAGUCAACCUGUGCCUGCUCAACCGACCCCGAUCAACCCCACUGCCACCGGCACAGCGACCCCUGUGGACCCAGCUCAAUCUCUCGGACUAGGGUUCGAUCUCGACCCGUCGAUGGGAUUCCAACUUACACAAACGCUCAAAGGAGUCGAUAAUCAUGCCCGUCAGUCGCUACCCCUGCCAACCCAGGGAACACAGAUUACCAAUACCCUACCGAUCGCUCUGGAUCCGCAAGCUUCUUUAGAGCCCCACAUCACGCCAUUCGACUCGGCUAUCCCUAGCCAGACAGGCAAGGAGGCCAUCAACGAGGUCUUGGACCGCGCCGUUGAGCACAGGACAACGUUGACGGAGGAUGACAUAUCGCAGAGCGCGCGCGAAUACCUACUCGACCUGUUCUUUUGUCCGCCCCGAGUGGCUUUUGGAUCCGAAGUAUGGAGCGAAGAGCAAUUCAGAGCCAAAAUGGCUUUGCCGCCAAAGCUGAGACCUCAUCCUUGCCUGGUAUUCUCAAUGUACACGCUCGCCGCGUCUUCCUCGUACAUCCCAGCUGUCCGUGCUCUCGCAGAUUCACUAUACCUCAUUGCGUUGGUCAAAUUGGACGAAGCGGUCGCGGAGGAGGAUCGACUUCUGGAUGCCAUCAAUGCCGCCAAGGGUUUGGGCAAGUGGCAGUUUUCUAGGGCACGACCAUUAGAGGGUUUUUAUCUGACAAACAAGGCCAUCAUGCUCGCCUUGGCUUGCAACCUGCACCGCAUAAAGACUGGCAUCUUCCGGAGCCACGAGCAGAUCGGUUCAGCAGCCAACGCCGCAUGGCCGUUAUUAGGGCCCCCGAAGGAUCAAUGGGAGCUGGCAGAACGUAUCCACUCUUUCUGGUCCGUUUAUUGCUCUGAUCGAGGAGCGGCAUGCAUGACAAAAUACCCCAACUUCCUGGACGAAUCCACCAUCACCACACCCCUUCCCCGGCCACCAGAAGAAUACAUUAACGGUACGGUUACGAAUCAUCCCGAAUUCCGACUUCGAGACAUCUACCUCUUGUCCACCAUGGACGAUCUCUCCCCACCGAGCUACAUGUACGGUACACUCAUCUGCAGUUUGCAUCUCUGUUGGCGGGCCAGGAUCCUGUGCGAGAAAUCUCCAGAGGGGAUCAACAACUUUACCGCAUUGGCUCUCGCUGCGUACGCUCAGAAAACAUCUCCCACUCCGCCUCCGCCAUAUUGUGCCCGUCGGGAUCACCCGGCGGCUUACAAGGAGAUCAUGGAGGCUACUUAUGCUAUCGAACGGAAAAUGGCGGAUGAGCUCAAGAUUAAGCAAGGGAGUGAUGUGGUUUGGGAUGCGAUUGAUGCACCGUUGAGCCACUCAUGCCUCAUGGCCGCUCGAAUGCUGCUCCACUCCCUCGAUGCUGACGCCUUCGAUCGAGAUUCUGCGAUUCAACACGCUCGAGACUAUACCCAACUAGUCAAGAGCUGGGCGAAAGCGCUUCAAGUAGAUGACCCCGAUACGCCUUCUCCAUGGCGCGAUGAUAAGGUUGCGGACAGCAGCUCCAUCGCUCACGUAACGACCCGGACAAAGAACGGUAUCGGUGGACCGUAUAUCCUUACUGGGUGGUUCUGGUCCGCCGAUAUACUGCUCAAGGGGGCUACUAUCCUCAACUCCCUAGGCAGGCAUGACGAGGCUCGGGCCGUCUCGGAAGACGCGGCGACUGUCGUCAAGGCUUUGAAGAGUGUGGGGGUUUUAUACAAACAGGCGCAAGAAGGGGAGAGUCGAGCGUUCGGAGCAGAAGGUGGUCUGGGUGCUUGAAGAGCACUAUCACGGCCUGUCACGGUUCAUCUACGAGAUUACCUAUAUUACCUACAACACUUUUGAGCAUGUGUGCAUUUUGACCCAAGC